AAUAGUUCACAUGCUCCUGUGCUGUCAUUGUGCUUGAGUGGGCAGACUUCAAAGUGAUAUUAAAUAACCAACUAUUAGAUUUACCUAGCACGUCCUAUUGGAAAAGUGCCAUUUAAUUACCUAGCCUGUUCAAUUAAAGGGACAGCAUUCUCUGAAUAUAGCAGCUUGCUGUUGAUUACCAGGGAAAUGAACUCGCUGUCUGGCGGCGCCUCCAUUCCUAACGCCACCUCCUCCCCAAACACACCCUCCACCACCAACUACCAAUUCUCCCCACCCUCGCCCCAGGCCACCGCCCCCCGACCGCUCCGGGCUCACUGCGGCUGCGGGCGCCACGUGAACUGCCCGAGCCCAGCCCGGGGAAAGAAAGCGCGACCCGCUCGCCGGGCUCCCGCCCUGCGCUCGCCCCCUCGCGGGCCCGAGACCGCCCGCCGGCUGGGCGCUCUGGGUGCGGCCUCGGGCGGCGCCGGCCCGGGUGCGGGCCGCAGAGCGAGCAAAGGCCCGCCGACGACCGCCACCCGGGCUUCCGGCGCGUUUCCUCGCCCUCCCAGGACCUGGAGCCCCACCCGUCGGUCUCCGAACUUCCUCCUCUCGCUGCACUUUCCGCGCCAGUCUUCGGGCCCGAGCUCUCAUUCAUUGCGGACACGUCAUUCGGAGCAGAUCUAAGCCAGAGACCAGAUCUCAUUAGAUAAAGCCCAUCAGAACUAAGAAAAUGGAGGAGCCACUAAUUAAAGCUUUUAAUUGUGCGGAUUCGCUGCAGCAAGGCAGCCGCUUUAUCUGAAAUCUUGGAGGGCGAGGAGGCAGAAGCCCAGCUCUGCCCAUCGACACUUGGCCGCGGAGGGGGAGGGGACUGGUGAAAGCGCCCCCUCCUCUUGCAGCCCCCUCCUCCGCGCUCAGGCCGGCCUUUCCCGCAGGCCUUUCCCAGCUCUCCCGCAGCUUUUCAGCAAGACCUUGGUUGUUUUCAAAAAAUCACAACCUCAAAGUCAAGACAGUUUAAAAGCCCCUCAGUAAAUCGCUAUGUGGUCUCAGUCGAACCAAGGGGUCCCCUUCACCUGGCGGCAGGCGAGCAGAUUACUCCACUCUUCUGCAGCGAUCCCUGCGGCAUUGAAAGCUCCUCCAACAAGUGGACUUGAGGGACAUUGGAGAGCGGGUAGCUAAGAAGAACAGGAACGUCUGCAUCUUCCCACCUUCCCACCCUCUGGGCAUCUUGAUGGGCUGAGAGGAACACUGAAGGAAGACUUCAGUAAUCUCUUAAAUUGGAGGGGAAGGGGGGCUCACAGCUGCUGGUGAACCCUGGGCAAACUAUGAGGCCAUCAAUUUGGUACUGAACUAGAACUCAUCUCUCCUAGAAAGAUGUAAGGUCCUCGGGGUAGCAUGUAGUUCAAGGGCGAGCCUGGCUCCAGUUUCUAGAUUCAGAGGUGAAAAAAGAAAGAACGUAGAUCCGAUUAAUUAAGGCUCAGGGCUGGGCACACAUCCUCCAUUGCUCCAUUAGGGCACAGGAAAACACCAAAAGGCCAUUUACAUUUGGCCCCAAGAAUAGAGAAAAGAAUGGACACAAUUCCCAGGAAGCCACUUGCCUGAACUUGUCCUGGGGGAAUACAAGUGGACCCAUCUUCUUUUUAAUUAGUUGUAAUCAGAAGCGAGGGGUUUUUUGGGUUUUGUUUUUGGUUUUUUUUUUUUUUUUUUUUGAAGGCACUUGGAGAAGAAAUGAAUCUGUACCAUUCACGGAAUCUUAACAGCACUGUCAAUUUUUCCACUUCAAGCCACACUCCUUUCUUACCACAGUUUUGCUUUCUAUUUAAUUACAAUACUGUCAAAGCUCAUGGCAUUACUUGGAAGGAGGACCAGAAAACAUUACACCCACGUUCCCGCUGAUUUUCCAACAUUUACCUCUAAAAGAACACUUAGUGAAAUUAAUGUUGCCAUCUUAAUUUAAAAAUAAAAGCCCUCUCCCUUCCUAUAUUUCUUUUACUUGACUGAUUGAGGAUGCCAGCAGAGUGGACACAGGUUGCAUUAUCAAAAUAACUAAAUGUCAUUUUACUCCAUCAUCUUACAACUAAUGAUACCACUGGGGUAAACGUAUCCACACUCAGCUCUGAACUACACUGGCAUCUUCUGCAAUGUUAGGCGCAGAAUAAGGCGAAUCACAAUGGAGCUAAACUUUGAACAAAAUAUCUCAUCCACUGAUUUACCCACGCUGAAGAAAGAAGAAAAUUUUCUACUCAUCACUUCAAAGACAAAGGUUUGGGACAAAUUUACAAAGGAUGAAAUUCUUCUUAAAAGUGUGCGGUUUUCUAGUAUCAACUGUGUGCGUGUGGGUUUUUUUUUUUUUUUUAAUUACUGGAUGUUGAAACAGAACACCUCCUAGAAGCAUUCAUGUGCAUCAGUCUAUCAAACCAUUUACUCAAAUUAAAUGUGUAAUCCUU